AUAAUCUUAAUGCAUCUCAACAUAUAUUCCUAAGACAGCCGUAAUAAAACUAAGGUUGCUAAUAUGAGAGUUUGUGGGUUGUUUUUUCUCUGUCUUUAUGUUGUUUUAGCGGGUACUGUUCUUGCCAGAAAUUUGGAUGAUGAAGAGAAAUUUCUGUUCGGGAAGGGAGGAUGGCUUGGUCAUGGUUUUGGCCACAAUGGUGGUUUAUUCCCUCCUGGUGGAUUUGGCCCGGGUGGUGGUUUGUUCCCUCCUGGUGGAUUUGGCCCAGGUGGCGGUCCUGGCAGCCCGGGUGGUGGUUUGUUCCCUCCUGGCGGAUUUGGCCCGCGUGGUGGCUUGUUUCCUCCUGGCGGAUUUGGCCCAGGUGGUGGUUUGUUCCCUCCUGGUGGAUUUGGCCCAGGUGGCGGUCCUGGCCGCCCGGGUGGUGGUUUGUUCCCUCCUGGCGGAUUUGGCCCGCAUGGUGGCUUGUUUCCUCCUGGCGGAUUUGACCCAGGUGGUGGUUUGUUUCCUGGUGGACCUCCCUGAUUCGCUUGUGACAGGGAUUUAAAACAUCAAGAGUGGGCUUUGCACAAUCAGUAUAUAUAUGGCACUACUUUGUACUAAUAUAUUACACAAUAAUUUCGAACCGUUCACUACAAAUACUUGUACCUGUGUGAAUUCUACUUCAUAAUAAAUAAUUUCUUUA